AUGAUCUUCAGUUGCGGCAUUAGCGGCAGUUCUCCGGGAAGAAAGCUAGUCGUCUCUGAAAAUCUACCGGAGACACUUCGCAGCAUCUCUGCGCAGACCUACCGAUCCUCCCCGACAUCGGCCGAUUCCACUGGCUCCUCUCCUAGCCGCUCGAGUUCACCUGCAGUUCGCACUGCAGAUAUCACUGCUGGCAAGUGGACACGCAUCUCAAGUCGUGUGUCUGUGCGGCCCCUCACUCCUUCCGAAGCCGACUCAGUCGUUGAGCGACAGCGAAGACGUGGACGAGACACUUCUACAUCUAAAGAGAGAUCGAGAAUGGAGGACCACGAUGAGACAAGAAGCAGCAUCGACGCUGGAGGAACAAUCCAAAUUCCUUCGAGUGACAGCGUCAAAGAACUAAUUCCGGAAAGUCCGGGCUCGCGUUCUAAUUAUGGGGAAUUCUAUUGGGACACCUCCGGCGAAAACAACUAUCACCACACAUCCUCGUUUGAAGACGACCUUCUCGACUUCGAUCGUGGUGCAGCCGUUGCUCGGCUUGACCGUACACAAGAUGACCUGAACAAGUUCCGCCAGCGCAUCGACAACAACGUCGAGCAGCAGAAAGAAUACAGUGAAAUGAUGGCAGCUCUGCAGAACAAGGUACAUGAAUAUCGUAAACAUAUUGCGGAACUCGAAGGGAAGAUGGUUAGCGCUAGAAGAGGACAAGCCGAUGGCGGAUUUACCAUUCUCGACUCGAACGUUUUCCAAGAUACCAGCAACAGCUUCCGCGAUAUGGAAAUGUGGAGUCCAGCUCGCACUCGUGGCGCAACUACCAAUGUAGUCCUUGCCGGUGAUCCAAAUGCUAACUACGAAAUGAUCGCCCGUCUUGACGAGGAGCGCAGAAGAGCUGAUGAAUACCGCAUGCAAUGGGAAAACGAGAGAGCCGCUAAAGAGAGACUGGAAGACGAAAACGAAAGACUUCGUCGUGAGUUUGAUCGUUAUGAUCGCGAAUAUCGCGACAAGGAGAGGACGCUCCGCAGGAGAACAGCAAAUCCUCGAAUCGAAGGGCAGAAGAACAUUGAUGAGCUGGAGCGCAGCCUCCGUCGCAUCCGCGAUGAGCUGGAUGAACAGACCAACACCAUUGUGGAAGAGCAUAAAAACAGAAUCACCGAGCUAACCAGACGCGUUGAAAAUUUGGUUCCAAACUUAAAAGAUAUGUUGCAGGAUUCUCAAAUCAAAUACAUCGAGGAAAUUCGCAGGAACAUUCAGAGGGAUCUGGAUGACCAGCGUAAUCGCAACGAUGUAUUGGCCAGUGAGCAUGACAAGCUGACCAGUGAUCUGGAUAACGCGCUUAAGAGUACACACCUUGCCGAACAGCAGCUCAAAGAACUGAAGGGACAGCGCGACGAUUACCAGAAACAGAAGGACGAUUUGUCGCGUCAGCUGUUCGAUAUUCGUCACAAGUUUGAGACGGAGCAGAAAACGGUGCAGGAUCUGACUAAGGGCGAAUCUCGCUUCAAUGACGAAAUCGAGAAGCUGAAACAGACAAUCGAUGAUUAUGAACGACAGGUCAUGCUUCUGCGUAGAACCAACGAUGAAUUCGACACAACAAUCAAGAACCUCCAAGGAAAGAUCACUCAGCUCGAGAAUGAGGUUCGAUCGAAAACUAGCGAGGUGGAAAAGCUGAACGAUCUCAAUCAGAAGCUGCAGAAAGAGAAGCAAGAUGUCAUGAACCAAAAGCAUAAAGCAGACGCUGACAUCCAAACUCUCAAGGAGACAAUUCGAAAAUUAGAACAGGAACUAGAGAAACUUCGCAACGAAAAUAAAACACUCGAGGCAAAAGAGGAACGUGCUCGAGAUCUGCAUAAUCAACAACUCAACCGAGCUAAUCUGCUUUCUAAGGAACUCGACGAUUCCAAGCAUGAAAUCACGGAACUCAAUGAUAAAAUCAGAGCACUUGAACAAGAAAUCCGCGAUUUGCGCGAUAGGAUAAAGGGAGUUAAGGACACCACAAAGAGUAGAACCACCACAACAACUAUCACGAGAACGAUUCGUCAAGGACCUGGAGGCGAGACAAUCGGUGAAGGUGAUGAGGUUACCAUACCUGGUUCAACAGAUACUGACCGUACAGUUGACCGAUACCACGAUGAUCUCCUUUCUGAUUUGCGAGUCAAGGAAAUCAAUGACAAGUGGAAGUUGCAGCUCGAGAAACUCGAAAAUGAAAAGGACGACCUGGAGCGUCGCAUCCGCGAACUGGAAGACGAGUUGGCACAAGUUGGAAGAGGAAAUGAACGUCAGGAGAACGACGUGUCAGAACUCAAGCGCAAACAUGCUAUCGAAAUCGACAAGCUUCGUUCCGAGAUCAACUCACUUCACGAUAAGCACCUUAGCGAUCUCGACGACGAGAAGGAGCAGUACGGAAAGGCUGUUGAAAACCUCAAAGUUGUGGAGGAAGAUCUUCGCGAAAAAGUACGCAACUUGGAAAAGCAACUCGCCGACGCUCUUAAUAGAGAGGCUGACCUCGAGCGCGAGAAGCGUGACAAUGAAGCUAAAGUCAAUACUUUGACAACUCAGAACCAGAAACUACGCGACGAUAUGGAAGACUUGCGUAACGAGAUGGAUAAGGAAAUCCAAAAAUGGAAGACUGACGCGUACCAGGUGCGAUCUGAAGCCAAAGCUCUCGAGACCACCAAUACCGGUCUCAAAGCUCAGCUGCAAGCCGCCAAUGACCGUAUCGAGCAUCUCAAUAAGACUGUCAAUGACAGUACUAACAAAAUACGCGAACUAUCGUCACAAGUGCGCCGCCUUGAAGAAGAUCUCACUGACACAAAAUCCAAUCUUACACAGAAAGAAUCAGAUCUUGAAAGCACUACCAACAGGCUGCGCACGCUGGAAGAGCAAUACGCACAACUGCAAGUUGAUGCUAACAAAUGGCGAAGUGAACUUGAUGCAGUACAGAGGGAGAACGAUGUUCUGAGAAGCACCAAUGCUAAUCUUGACUCGGAGAACAAUCGUCUCAAGAAUCGCCUCAAAACUGCUGAGGAUUCAAUCAAGGAGCUGAAAAACAGCUUGAAUCAUCUGAAACAGGAGCGUGAACGCCUCCAGAAUGCAUACAGGGACAAAGCAAAGCAGGCCGACCACCUUCAGCAGCUCUCCCAGCAAUUUGAUUCUAAACUGCAGAAACUUCGCCAAGAACUGCAGGAGACCUCUGACAAGCUCAUCACUGCCGAUACGGAACGCUCUACUCUCCGUACGGAACUCGCCAAACUUCAACAGGAACUCAAAUUUGGUGCUGAACAGAUGCAGAGGAAGACGGACGAGUAUCAGUCAACACUCGACGAUCUAGCAAAUGCGCACCGAGUUUCAGAAGACGGCCGACUCAAUGCUUUGCAAGAACUCGAAAGUCGAAAGUAUGAGAUGAGCGACCUGCAGUCACGACUAGAAAGCACCGAGCAACGUCUUAUCACUCUACAACAAGAUUUUAUCAAUGUUGAUUCUGAGAGAGAUUCGUUGGCAGAUGCAUUGCGGCGAUUCCAGGCUUCUGCUAGCCGCGUCAUCAACCUCAACCGCUUCCGCCAAGACAUCAUCGAAGGAGGCGAGCCACGUGACGGACGUGAGGUGGAUAUUCCACGAGGCACUGCCGAAGAGGAUGUACAAUAUCCACGCUCCGUGCCGUUCCCCGUCGGCAUCGAUUACACUGGCACCCAUGUGGGCGCAGGCGGUCGCGUAGCCACAACACUUACUGGAACGACUACUGUCAACAUCAAUGACACCGUCAACGUUUCUCAGCUCGAAGAUACGCUCCAUCAACUCGUCGGAAGAAUUGAAAAAUUGGAGCUUGAAAGAAACGAGCUUCGCGACACAUUGAAUCGUCUGCGCAAAAAGACGAGUGAAUCGCAUACGACAAUCAAUAAGCAUGAGACCAGAUACAAGACCAUUGAAGAUAAUCUGAACGACAUCGAAGAGGACAAGCGUGCUUUGGAAGCCCGAUUGGCGUCUGCCAAGCAGCUUCUUCGCUCCCAGGAAGAAGCGCUGAAACAGCGCGAUGAGGAGCGUCGACAGAUGAAGUCGAAAAUGGUGGCCGCCGAAUUGCAGGCGAGGGGCAAGGAGGCUCAACUGAGACAUCUUAACGAACAACUCAAAAAUCUGCGCACUGAUCUGGAAAAUGCUCAUGCUGACAUUCGUGCACUGCGAGACAGAGAGGAAAGCUGGGAUGCCAGUCGAUUCCAGCUUGAGAGCAAACUGAGGGAACACGAUAGCCACUCGCAGAAACUCCAGAUCCAAAUUAGCACUUUCGAAAGCGAGAGACAGAAUUUGAUGGAAAAGAUCAAGGAACUCGACGGAGCCCUCCGCCUAAGCGAGAAUAAAGUGCAGGAUAUGCGCGAGGAUGCCGACAAACUCAAAAGGGAUCUGGCUAAGGCUGAAUCUUAUGAAUCAGAACUGCGCAAGUACACUGAAACCCAAAGCAAGAGCAGCAAUGAACUGCAGAUUCUCAAGGAUCAGCUGCUUAAUGCUCAGAAUGACUUGAGCGCAAGCAAUUCGCGCAAAUCUCAGCUUGAGUCUGAGCUUUUGAAUGUACGCAGCGAACUGCGUGACUACAAGCAGCGCGUGCACGACGUUAAUGGACGUGUAUCGGAGCUGCAACGUCAACUGCAGGAUGCAAACUCAGAGAAGAAUCGUCUUGAGGACAGGAUUCUGAACAUGGAAAAGAAUUUGAGUCAGCAACGCACAGCAGAGAACGAACUUCGUCAACAGCUGGAUUCAGCUAAGAAUGACAAACGUUCUGCAGUUAAGGAGCUCGAAGAACUGAAGCGCCGUAUCAUGCAGCUAGAAAGCGAAAGACGUGCUACUUCGCAGCUGAUGGACGGUCUGAAGAAGGAAAAAUUCACGCUUCAGAAGAAGAUUGAAAUGAUGGAAUCAGAGAAGCGUAGAACAGAAGCGGCAAUUCGUGAAACUGCCCUUCAGCGUGAAGCUAUUGAGAAAUCUCUUAACGCGAUGGAACGCGAGAACAAGGAACUUUACAAAAACUGCGCUCAACUCCAGCAACAGAUAGCUCAGCUGGAAAUGGAAAAUGGUAACCGCAUACUUGAACUCACAAAUAAGCAGCGUGAGGAACAAGAAAGACAGCUGCAGCGCAUGAGACAAGAGAAAGGCCAGAUUGAAAAGGUAAUUGAGAACCGUGAACGCACUCACAAGAACCGAAUCAAGCAGCUCGAGGACCAAAUCGCCAUCCUUCGUGACCAGCUCGAUGGAGAACGGAGGAGACGCAGAGACUUCGUCGACCGCUCCCUGGUGAACGAUAUUGGGCGCCUCGGAGGCACUGUACUUGGUAUCAGAAGCUAUGGUGAUAGCAAUCUCGACGCUAUAUUGCACGGUGGAAGUCGUUCCGUUGGAUUCUUGCCACGCUCCACUUUUGCAUCAAAUCCACUAACCCCACCUCUCGGAACAUCGACGCCAACCCACAGUAGAACUCUCACUGACUAUCGCGAGACAUCAACUUCGUACAAUCGCCGUGCCGAUGACACUGGUUCGGUCUACGGCGGAUCAGUUCGCGACCGUGAUUCGGUCUAUGGUGGGGUUGGAAGUGGCGGUCGUGACAGCGUAUACGGACGAGACAGUUCUUUCGGACGCGAUUCAGUCCGCGAGAAGGACCCUUCCGUUGUAGACAUACCCCUGAAUCAAGGAGAGGGUUCCAUGCAGACGUCAUCCGUUAGCCAGGGGACCAAGUACGACACACUUGCACCAAACAGGGAUGACCUGUAAGCAGCUCGCUCCUGACAACACAUAUGCUAACCGUCUGUAACCCUACUCACGCAGCUAGCAAUCCUAACGCUUCUGCUUAAUGAAUCUUUCAUAAAAGAAAUCUUUUUCUAGUUUUUUUUCGAUCCCGGUUUUGUAACAUGUUCUUUUAUACGUAUAUGUGUAUUUUGUAAUGACAUCAUUCUCUGAUCCACUAAUCGCAGAACACUGUCAUUAACUAUGGGCAAAACAAUACUGCAUUACCUUUUGUUCGUAUAUAUGUUGUGCUUGCUAUGCUUAGUUGUAGAGCCUAUCUAGUUUCUGUUUCAUUUUCGAUUUGUAAUAAAGCUGUGAGAUGUCAGUGGUGUCAUAUUUGCAAAUAAAGCAUAGUAGAAUG